CAGAAUUAUUUAAUUUGUUUCUAGUUUGUCCAAGAGAGUGGGGAGUGAGAGUGAAGCGGCGAGGCGGACGGCGACAGAUCUCCGCAAGGUCGAGAUAGAUCGAGGAGGUAGAUCGCCAUCGUCGCCGCUCUUCGUAGCACCGCGAUCCUUCCACACACGGAGAAGGUAGAUUUACCUUCACGACGGGUCGAUCGGAGGCCUCCCGGACCACUCCUCCUCCAGACUGCAGAUUUCGUUGGGAAGUUUGCUACGGCUAUCUGAUGAAUUGCUUGGUUUCUGCAGACGACCUCGAAUUUUAGAAGGAUUCAAAAUGAAGAAUAAAGAUACAAAGCCUGGGGCUAUGCCUGACAAGAAUCAUUGGACUGUCAUUAUUUUGGUAUUCUUGUUCUUAUGUGGAUUUUCCUUCUAUCUUGGAGGUAUCUUCUGUUCUGAGAAAAACAGAUACUUUAAGCGUGAUGAUGCUCCUGUGAUCCAAUCCUACCAUGACAUUGGAGUAGCUCCUCUCAAAGUCAAGCAUGUAGAGUUCGGGGAGUGUAGCUUGGAUCAUCAAGAUUAUACGCCGUGCACAGAUCCUAAGAGAUGGAAGAUAUAUGGUAAAUACAGACUUACUUUUAUGGAACGGCAUUGCCCACAAAUGGCUGACAGGAAAGAAUGCUUAGUUCCUCCUCCUGCUGGAUAUAAACCACCAAUCCGAUGGCCAGAGAGCAAAGGACAAUGUUGGUACAGGAAUGUUCCUUAUGAUUGGAUAAACAAUGAAAAAUCAAAUCAACACUGGCUUAGGAAAGAAGGUGACAAGUUCUUCUUUCCAGGUGGAGGUACCAUGUUCCCUAACGGAGUUGGUGAAUAUGUAAAACUGAUGCAAGAUCUGAUUCCUGGAAUGAAGAAUGGAACUAUCCGAACUGCUAUUGAUACUGGAUGUGGUGUUGCGAGUUGGGGAGGUGAUUUACUAGAUCAUGGCAUUCUAACUAUUUCACUUGCACCAAGAGAUAAUCAUGAGGCUCAGGUACAGUUUGCUCUUGAACGCGGUAUUCCAGCAAUCUUAGGCAUCAUUUCUACUCUGCGUCUUCCAUUUCCAUCAAAUUCAUUUGAUAUGGCUCACUGCUCCAGAUGUCUUAUCCCCUGGACAGAGUUUGAUGGCAUUUACCUUUUGGAAAUUCACCGAAUACUUCGACCUGGAGGCUUCUGGGUGCUAUCAGGUCCGCCUAUCAACUAUGAACGCAGAUGGCGAGGCUGGAACACAACUAUUGAACAACAGAGAUCUGACUACAAUAAAUUAAAGUUGUUGUUGUCUAGCAUGUGCUUCAAACUAUAUAAUGAAAAGGACGAUAUUUCAGUAUGGCUAAAAUCAGUAGAUAGUAGCUGCUAUAGCAAAAUUACUUUGUCAUCCUCCUUGCCCAAGUGUGAUGACAGCUCUGACCCAGAUUCAGGAUGGUAUACUCCACUGCGGCUGUGCCUGACUAUUCCGAGCCCAAAGCUUAAGUUGGGAUUGAACUUUCUACCAACAUGGCCAAAUCGAUUGUGGACAACCCCGGCACGGAUUUCUACACUUUACAAUGGCAAUCCUGGAGGGUUUAAGCAUGAUAACAAGAAAUGGAAGGCUAGGGUGAAACAUUACAAGGCAUUGCUCCCUGCUCUUGGAAGUGAUAAAAUUCGGAAUGUUAUGGAUAUGAAUACACUGUAUGGAGGGUUUGCGGCAGCUCUUAUUGAUUCUCCAAUAUGGGUCAUGAACAUCGUAUCUUCUUAUGGUUCAAAUUCCCUUGGGAUUGUCUAUGAUAGAGGAUUAAUUGGCACCUAUCACGAUUGGUGCGAGCCAUUCUCAACUUAUCCUCGGACCUAUGAUCUCUUGCACUUGGAUGGCCUUUUUACAGCCGAAAGUCACAGGUGUGAAAUGAAAUAUGUGCUACUUGAGAUGGAUCGUAUACUUCGUCCAACCGGGUACACAAUAAUUCGUGAAUCUUACUAUUUUGUGGAUGCCUUGGCAACCAUCGCCAAGGGAAUGAGAUGGAAUUGUGAAAAGCAUGCCACCGAAUACAAUGCAGCCAAGGAAAAGAUAUUAAUAUGCCAAAAGCGACUUUGGCAUGCCACUAAGCAAUGAAAUCUGAGGAUGACUGGCCAUGUCAAGCUGGGGGUUCUCUUGGUGCCUAUUCAUAGAUUGUCCUGCCAAUCGACGAAAAAGGUCCUAGUUGCGUUUACAAACAUGGUCAAAGUUGCACUAACUCAUAUGUUCAUAUGUAUAAUAAGGAGACUAGUUGUAGUAUGCGUGUACAAGGUCAAAGUAGGAGUUUCAAGUUCAUGUCAAUUUUUUUUUAAGUCUUAACCUUUGUUUCUCGAUCAUAAAAAUGAAAGGGUUUUAAAUGGGGUUGUUCCA